UUUAAUAUUUUUCAAAACUUUUUCAAUUUCGUAAGUAAUCAGAUAUGAUAAAAUUAAUAUAAUGUUUAGUAAUAAAUUAUGGAUGCAACGAUUAUUUCGUAUUAAACCAAAUUUAAGUAAAAAUGUUCAUUCGAAAAGAAAAUUUCCAUUGAAUCCAAAUAUUGAAGAGGAAUUACCAACAUUUGAAUACACAUCCAAAAGUUCUUUACGUAAUCGAGUUUAUGUAUUUGGCAGAGCAGAAACUGGAGCUUUAGGAAUUAAAAUAAAUGGAUUAAAAGGAUGUCAAUACUUAAAAAGCCCAAAACGUUCUACGUUUGCGGAGCUUAAUGAAAUUGAAGACAUUACAUGUGGGUAUGGUUUCACGGCAUUUGCUGUUAACUCAAAAAAUGAUGAAUCAAUCUUGUAUGGAUGUGGAAUCAACACAGAUUCUCAGAUAGGUUUUCACACACUUCGGAAUAACAAAGUUUUAGAUUACAUUUUAUUACCUCAACCGAUUCCCUUACCUUUAAAAUCGCCUAAAAGCGCAAAAGUAUUGAGUUUAUCGGCAGGACGAGCUCAUCUGGUAGUUUUAACUAAUGAAGGAUUAUUCACACUAGGAAAUAAUGCUUACGGACAGUGUGGUCGACCUAUUAUAGAAGAUGAAAAGUAUUCUGGAAACGCUACCAUUUAUCAAGUGCCACAAUUUGAUCCGAAUGACCUACUAAGUGUACAAUGUGGACAGGAUCAUACUCAUAUUUUGACAAAAAAUGGGGAAGUGUAUUCUUGUGGUUGGAGUGCUGACGGCCAAACUGGUUUGGGUCAUUUUAACAAUCAAUCGACAUUUUCAGCUGUACAUGGAGAUAUUUCUGGAGAACGUAUAAUUAAAAUUGCGUGUACCGCUGAUUGUGUGUUAGUAUUAAGUGAAAAGGGUGAAGUUUUUGGAUGGGGAAAUUCCGAAUAUGGCCAAUUACCCGGCGGCGAAACUCAACAAAUUAAUUCACCAAUUCAUGUAAAUGAAAAAUGGGGUAAAAUUGUAGAUAUCGCAUCGGGUGGUUCCUUUUGUAUGGCUUUAAAUGAAAAUGGUGAAGUAUUUGUCUGGGGAUAUGGAUUAUUAGGGCUUGGACCCGAAGUAAUGCAAUCAAAUAUUCCAACUAAAAUACCGGGUACGUUAUUCGGUUCGAAUAGUUUUGAUACUGAUUGUGUCGUACGAAAAAUUAAUUGUGGAAUAAGUUAUAUGACCGCGAUUAAUACAAAUGGUGAUUUGUAUACUUGGGGUCGAAAUACAGCGGGUAAUUUAGGUUUAGGUCAUUUAAAUAAUCAAUAUUUUCCACUUAAGGUGGCUGUUGGUGGAUAUGUUAAAAAAGUUACAUGUAGUUUUGACCAUACGGUCAUUAUUUGUGAACCUUUUGCGUAAAAUCAUAAUGCUAUCCGUAAUUUUUAUUUGUUAUAUUGCAAUUAAUUUUAUUUGUUAUAUUGUUACACUGACCGGCAAAAAAUCAGACAAUUUUAAAAAGUAAGAUUAACUUUUAUUGACUUUUAUGCAGCAACGUCCUGCUUUGGAAGAUCCCUAGUAAAUUAUUUUAUUAUUUUUAGCAAGUAAUUACUCUGAGGAUCGAUCUAU